AUGAGGAAGGAAGAAAGUGAAAUAAUUCGAGAACCAAUGGAUUCGCUAUUUUCAAAUGAACAACUUCAGAGUAAUAACAAUGAACCAUGGUGGCAGAAGAACUUCCUUAUCACUCGACCAUUAUUAUUUGGCACUUGGGAUGGUGUUUUUACCACUGUUUUAGUUAAUAUCUUUGGUGUUAUCGUAUUUCUGCGUAUGGGAUGGAUUGUGGGAAUAGCUGGCAUAGUAAAUGCAGUUAUCUUACUGAUUAUUUGUUCAUCUCUUGCAUUAAUAUCAGUCUUUUCCGCUAUUGGCAUUUGUCAACGAUGCCAAAUUCAAAGUGGUGGCAUAUAUUUUCUUGUGUCACAUAUACUUGGUGGACAAAUUGGUGGCGCUGUUGGUUUGAUGUAUGCUUUUGGACAGUCUGUCGCAAUUGCGCUAGUUGUCAUCGGUUUUGGUGAAAGUGUCGCAAGUUUCUUUGGAAAUGAAAAUUCGUUGACUCAUAAAUUCAUUGCUAUAGCAGCAUUAUUUGCUUUGACAGGAAUUAAUAUGGUUGGUGUACGUUGGGUUAUUCGAUUGCAAUUGGUAUUAUUGGUAUUUUUAAUGCUUGCUGUUAUGGACUUCUAUAUGGGUGCAUUAUUUAAAGUCGAUAUUGAUAAUGGCGUAGGGCAUUUUUCGAUGAUACGAUUUGAUGCAAACAUGAAUCCAAUGUAUGACGGAUUUAAUUGCUCUCAAAUUGGCUUUGAUGUACCACAAAUCCGCCAAAACUUUUUUACCGUCUUUGGUGUUUUCUUCGCGAAUUUUCUUGGUGUUUUGGCAGGUGUGAAUAUGAGCGACGAUCUGAGAAAUCCUCAACUUAGCAUACCUGUAGGUGAAUUAUCCGCAAUUUCCAUCAGUUCGAUGAUUAUUUUGUCAUUUAUAUUACUUCUUGGAUCAUUGGUUAAUCGUGCAUAUCUGAUCUGCGAUACAUUAAUUGCUGAAAAAUUAUCAUUUACCGGAUUUUUAUAUCUUUCCGGACUUUAUGUUUCAUCACUGAGUUCGACAGUUGGCACAUUACUUGGAACUCCACGUGUUAUUCAGAGUAUCGCUUCUGAGGGUAUUAUACCACUUCUGAAUCCGUUAGCAAUUGGUCAAGGCGCUAAUAAAAGCCCAUUACGUGCAAGUCUUGCAAUGAUGCUUAUAGCAAUUAUUUUUGUAUUAUUUGAUGAUUUAAAUCAAUUAGCAAUUCUUUCAACGAUGCCAUUUUUAAUAACUUAUGCUUUUGUUAAUUAUUCCUAUGUUUCAUUGGCGAUGAGUUAUGAUCUUCAAAAUGUAAACAAAUUGAAUGCUACUACAAAAUAUGGCAGUAUGGGACAUUUAAAAGAUGCAACAGUAGAUGAUGGAGAUGAUUCUGGUGAUUUGAAAAAAUUAUUCCCGGAAAACACUUCAAGUGAUUUACCAAGUACUGAUAAUGAGGAAGGAAGUUCCAGUUUCAGAGUUGAUGAUCAAGCACAUACAUGGUAUUCAGUUUUCAGCAAUCGUUACAUAUCAUUUAUUGGAGCUAUUACAAACAUUCUUAUAAUAUUAUUUAUAAAUUUUUGGUAUGCACUGCUACAUUUAUUAGCAUUAGCUACUUUAUAUUAUUAUAUUGGACGAGUAUGUCCAUCUGUUUCACCUGGUAUCAGUCAAUUUACACUUCCACAUAUGUUCAAAACUGCAUUUUCAAGCAUUGGAAGUAUUAAUAAGCCAUCUUUUGCACAAAUAAUUGCUACGGAAAAUAUUUCCAGUAAUCCGGAAGUUGAAACUACUAUUACAGCUUUAAAUGAGGAAAAUCCUGACUAUUCAAGCCGGAAGCGUUAUCACUACACCGAAAAAACAGAAACAGCUAUGAGUGAUUUACAUUGA